UUCUUCUUUUUAUUUUUUUCCUUUUCAGUUGUACUUUGUCCAGACAGAUGUCCAGUACGAAGUGGUUCCUGAUUCUUUUCCUGGUUCUAGGAAUUGCUUCACUACUGUAUCUUUCUUAUGCGCCAAUGACAGAAGAGAAAGAACCACAAAGGAGCCCUCCUGCAAAACAACAACGCACAGGAGCACCAAGUUAUGCUCCUGUAAAAGAAGAACCAGAAAUAGACACUAUCCAGGAAGAACCAGGGUUGUAUCAUGUGGCUUAUCCCCGAAAAUACAAAUUUAUCAUUGACCAGCCAGAGAUAUGUGAAAGGCAAAAACCCUUCGUGGUGAUUAUGGUCCCGGUGCCUCCUGGCGACGUUGAAGCGCGCAGUGGCAUCAGGAGGACGUGGGGAAGAGAAAAGGUUGUUGCGGACAAAGUGGUUGUGGUGCUGUUUAUUAUGGGUUCACGCAGUGGAAACGAUGAAGAAACAUUGCAGGAGCAACUCCGGAAUGAGAGCCAGCAGUACAAAGACCUUCUCCAGAGCAACUUCCUGGAUUCCUAUAAGAAUCUGACCAUUAAAACCAUGGUGAUGAUGGAAUGGAUCAGCAGGAAUUGUCAACAGGCAUCCUUUGCCGUGAAAGUGGAUGCUGACGUGCUCCUUAACAUGAACAAUCUUAUGAAUAUGCUUGUGAGUCUGAACCCAGUACCAGCCAACUAUAUGACUGGGCUGGUUUGGUACACAAGCCCUGUCAUUCGAAAUCCGUUCAACAAGUUUUUCCUUCCCUACAAUGUUUACCCCAGAAGCACAUUUCCCCCAUAUCCUCUAGGCAUGUGUUACAUCAUUUCUUUGGACCUGCCAAACAAGUUUUUACAGGAAUCGAAGCACAUCAAACCCAUUUAUUUAGAGGAUGCAUAUCUUGGCAUGUGUCUGGAGAAUUUGGGUAUCGUCCCAACCAAACCGCCAAAUAUAGAGCAGUUUGUGGUGACAAAGCCGCGGUACAAUCGCUGUUACUAUUCUGGAUUGAUAGCUGUACUUACGGACAACACAAAUCAGAUGACGUCCUUUUGGACAGAUGUUCAUUCAACCAGCAAUCCAUGCUGAGGUGGAAACAUCCUAAACAAACUAAAUAUUAUGUGUCUGAUUUUUCAUGUGCGUAUGAGUGUGAGAGCAUGUUAUUUGUUGAAAUAAAGUGAAACCAUGCAUCAUGUAUGUACCAGUAUCCAACUCAGGAACAAAGACACAAGUAUUACUGUACAUGUAAAAACUUUUUUUUUAAUAUUAUUUACAGUUUAAAGGGG